GUAACACAUAUAUGGGAUUUGUAGUGAGAGGCUUUCUGGGAAUCCUUCUGUACAAUCACCUGUACAUGUUAUUAAUCUUGUGUUUAUUGUAUUCCCACACUGCUGUAAACGUGCAAGUCACUUACCCGCGAAGUCGUCAUGUUUUGAAGUUCUAGAUCACCCCUUUUGUGAACAUGGCCUGGUCGCUGUCAGUGGGCAAUAUGGCGGACGACGAGGAAGGUGCGCCGAUGUCUGACGAAGAAAUGGUCGAGGAAGACUCGAUGUCGACAGUAGAGGGGAGUAACAGUGCUGAUAGUGAAGCAGAAGAAUUAUAUGAAGUAGAGCAUAUAGUAGGAAUGAAGAAAAAUGCUAACGUGAGUGACUACUGGCCUUCUAUAUAAGUAACUCAGAUGUCUGGAGCGGCUGCUCUCAAGACAAUAUUCAGCUGUGUUGUUAAGAACUGACGGGAGUAAAGGUGUACAAGGUGAGGUGGAAGGGCUACUCAAAAGCGUUUGAUACAUGGGAGCCAGUUGAGAAUCUGGAGAGCUGUCUGGACAUGGUGGAGGAGUUUGAGGAAGUUAAAGAGAAGGAAAAGAAGAAGCGGUCAGAUGAGAGGAAGAAGAGAAUGGCUCUGAUGGCAGGACGCGAAGUUUCAUUGGAAGACGAGUGUUCUGAUUGUCGGUUGCAGCCCAUUGUCACCAGCAAGGAACCUGUCAUGCCCAUUUUCUCCCCUCCACCUGUCCCAAUAGACACAUCACCACAGACAACAUGUACCCUGAAGGACACCUUCUGGAAGGACUUGGAAGAGGGACGGAUCAAUCUGUUUAAUACUGACAUGUACUCAAAGGUGAAGGGCCAAGGCCGAGCUUCAAGACCUAAAUCGUUCAAGACUCACGGAGAGAGGGGAGAAGAGAAAAGGGAGAUGCUUGAAGGAGAUGGGACAGAAGGGAGCAGGAAACAGAGUCAUGGCAAAACAAAAAAGGGCAAACAACACAAAUCAGGCAAGGAUGGAUCUAAAUCAAUUGGUGGUAAGACUAGCACAUGUCAAGGCCAGUUAAAGGUGACAGAGACCUGUGGGACUGAUGGAGUUGAGAGGACAUCAUCUUGCACAACUGACCUCAGUGAAACCAGUAGUGACAGUUCUGAUGUUAUCAUGGCCCAUGUCAUUUCUGUCUCCACACCAUCGCCACCUGUUUUGAGCUGUGUGGAAGACUACAGUGAUGACAGCAGUAGGGACUUCAGUGACCACAGAUACAGUUCUCCAGCCGACAUUACUGGAUCUCUCUCACAGUCUCCGAACUGUUCCCAGGAAGCAAAAUUCCAGUCGAUAUCUACUGACUUUUCCCAGGAAGCAGUUUCAGAGGAUACAGGCAUCUGCAUGGAUAGUAGUGACCUCCUGAGCCCACAACGUGAGAUAAAGGAUAUCAAGUUAGUCGUGAGAUCGCAUUCUGAACCCAAGAAUGACAGUUUUCAAACAGAAAUGGAGAAAACCUACAAAGAAAAGGAAUUGUCUAUUAAUAGUGAAAAGACAACUAGAGUAGAAGAGAUCACAAAAACAGUAACUGAUGUAAAGAAAACAGUGACACAGAUUUCUGAGUAUAAAAGUUGUAAGAAAACUGAAGUGCAUGGAGAUAUUGUAUUGGAAGGACACAUAGUUCCAGAGAAAAAGUUUAAGCAUGAUCCUGAAAGUUUAAAACAAAAACAUCGACACAAAUCCACAUGUUCGAACAAGGAGAGCAGUAGCAGGGACAGUGUCUAUAGUGUUCCUUUAAAGACUGUUAUAUCCGCCUGUGCCAAGAAUGGCAAAGAGAAUCUGGGUGAUAAACAUGUAGCAAAUAUUUUCACUGGUCUGUCAAAUGUACUCCUUCCAAGCAGCAAGCCAAGGGGACUCACUGUUGGCCGACUGAUGGACCCAAGGAUGGAAACAAGUACAAGCCAAGGCAACAACACCUGUGACACUGCCAAAGUGACUAUGAAGCGCAAGGAGUGUAAUCCCACUGACUUUGCCCAGCCUCUUGAAAAGAUCCUGAACAGUUCACUUCUACCUAUAAUACCUGACAACAAAACAACUUUGGACAAAGGUGUGGACCUAUCAUUUGACAUUGACCUGGAUGACAUUGACCUUGAUGAGCUGGAGAAGCAGCUAACACUCUCGCCAAGUGCUCAGCCAAUGGAGCUCAGUGAUGAUGAGCUGAAGCAAGCUGUGUGGGAUGGAGACUAUGACCUUGUGAAGAGAGCCUUUGCUGCCCGCAAACUUUAUGACAUUGAGCAGGCUGAUGAUACUGGAACUACAUUGCUUAUGCAUGCCAUCCUCAGAAAUUUCGAUGACAUUGCGGAGGUGUUAGUGUGUAGCGGGGCCAAGAUUAAUGCUCAACAGAAAAAUGGAAACACAGCCCUCAUGAUUGCCUCAGAACAGGCUCACAUCUGUACAGUGGCCUUGCUCCUGGAGAUGGGGGCCAAGGUGAACCUCCAACAAGCAGCUGGGGAAACAGCACUCAUGAAGGCUGUGAAACGUGGUCACAAGCAGAUUGUCCGCUACCUUCUGGAAAGUGGUGCUAACUUCUCCUACCAGACUUACAGUGGUUGUAGUGCUCUCACCUACGCCAAACUUCACAGACUGGGAGAUGUGGAGGAUAUCAUUGUAGAUCACAUAGCAAGACUGACAGCGGAGUUUGACCGACAGGUGGCCAUCACCCUGAACAACACAGCCCAGAUCCUAAGCGCCCUGUUCCCCCUCCAAUGCUUCCCUCUAGCAGAGACCGAUAAGAUUGUCAUCACUUUCAAGAAUGAAGUGGAACCAAUCACCCCAGGUGUUGGCUUCCUGCUGUUCAUUGCACAUGCAAGAAUAACCCCCCAUGAAGUGAAGUGCCGCUUCUAUGGACCAUGUGCAGUCAAGUCUGUGUUCCUCAAUGGUGUGAAGCAGCCAUCCAUGACAGAGGAGGCCAACUUUGUUCUGUCUUGCCACCCAGUCCUGCCAGGAAAGAAUGAACUGUGUAUACACACUGAAUCUGCUGUCUCUUCCAAGGCCAAGCUGGUGGUGUGUGCAUACAAGGCACAGCUCAUACAAUGAAGACCACACACUUGCAUCACUUGUAUUUACAUUUCUGCUGGGCAUUCUCAUGGAAGCUGUUACAAGAAGCAUGUAUAGGAAGACAAGGUCAUAUGUUAAACACCUUUGUAUUCAGCUAGCAGCAUCCACUCAAUCAGAACCUGCAUCAGUGCUGUGUUCAUCUCCUGUAACAUCCUCUGCCCCCUCUCACUGUGUCGCAUGACCUCAUAGGUGUCUGGGAGAUGAUGUACAAUGUGUUCUCAAGCUUGUAUUCUAUAACAUAAACUUGAGGUUUAAUGCAAAGCUUAAUAGUGUGAAGGCAGAUUUUAACUGUUUGUGCAGAAUUUGGUGUUUGGUUCUGAAUAUUUCUGUUAGAUGAAAGUUCCAACAUUCAUCAUUUGAAAGUGAAAUACUGAGACUCCUGUCUGAGUGUAUGGGAAGAUACAAUCCUUUGUAUGGCAGUUUGGAGUUGUCUUAUUCUGUACACGUGUUGGUAUGUGUAGGACCUGGUUUUCUGUCUAUUCCCGAGGUUGAUUUUGUGAUGGAAAAGCCAGUAACGAGGAUGUAGUGAGUUGCUUGCAAUGUUAACUAGUUGUAAUUUAUGAAUAUGUAACAGACAUGUUCCCAGAUGAUGUCACCAAUAGUAUAUAUUGACAUGUUAUCCAAUUAUUGUUAUUUUCUAUACAAGUAGUAUUGGUAGCACAGAUGGCUACAGCCUGAAUAAGUCUUUCAGUUGAUGUUUUUGUACUAAUAACGAGUUGGAGUUGUACAGUCUCUACUGUAUUGGGAGGUAGAAGCAUUAGAGUAAAUCUGAAGGGCCAAACGUUUACUUAUUUUAUUUUCAGAUUCAAGAUCAUGAUGAAAUUAUUUGUUUUUUCUUUGUCUAAGACCUUGAAAGAUAAUGAAAAGAUUUUCCAUGGCGACAUAGAAUUUUCAUUUUAAAAAAUCAAAUAUGAAAAUUAGAAUGACUCUUGCCUCACACUAUUGAAAAAUUAGUUUAUUGUGGUGGCUUAAAUUCAUUGUUUAUGUCAUUUGACAUUUGUUUUGUCAAUUGGCCAAUGAUCUGCAUUGCUAAAUAUGAAAAUGGUUUGUGUUAGUUGUUGUUUGGAAGUCUCCUUGAAAGAAACUAAUGACCACCUCCAUCCAACAACCCUAUAUGUUACAUGAGGCCAACAUAGAAAAGCAUUAUAGUGAGCUAAAGUUGCCUACAUAUACCAUGUGAUGUUUACGCUACACAUUUCACUGUUGGCAGUUGCUAAGCCCUAAAAAGUUUGGUUGUCUUUAUCCAAACUAGUUUAAUAAGACAAAUACUGCAAAACCCAGUUAAUCAGUUUGAAUACUUUCUGGAUUAAGGAAUUGAUUGUCAAAGAAAUACUUAUUGUUAUUGAUUACCAACAGUGAUAGACCGGGCAGGCUCUGAACUUCCAUGUUUCACUGUACAUGUAUAAAUAGCUCUAUUAGCAACUCAAGAAACAACCACUGCUAUUUGUUGUGAGUUAUGUGCCAAACUUUGUGAAUGUUGUCUUAUGUGAGUAGCAGCGUCUUUGUGUACAUGUGGUGUGGCUCACUCCCAGGCAGGACUGUGGAACUCCCUGCAACAAUAUGUAGUCAUGUCGUCUCUUGCUGGGUGUUGGGCCUGCUAACAACUGAGGCUAGUCACUGCAGUGUCAUCCCUCGCUUGGUGUUGGGCCUGCUAACAACUGAGGCUAGUCACUGCAGUGUCAUCCCUCGCUUGGUGUUGGGCCUGCUAACAACUGAGGCUAGUCACUGCAGUGUCAUCCCUCACUUGGUGUUGGGCCUGCUAACAACUGAGGCUAGUUACUGCAGUGUUGUCCCUCGCUGGGUGUUGGGCCUGCUAACAACUGAGGCUAGUCACUGCAGUGUCGUCCCUCGCUGGGUGUUGGGCCUGCUAACAACUGAGGCUAGUCACUGCAGUGUCAUCCCUCGCUUGGUGUUGGGCCUGCUAACAACUGAGGCUAGUUACUGCAGUGUCGUCCCUCGCUGGGUGUUGGGCCUACUAACAACUGAGGCUAGUCACUGCAGUGUCGUCCCUUGCUGGAUGUUGGGCCUGCUAACAACUGAGGCUAGUCACUGCAGUGUCGUCCCUCGCUGGGUGUUGGGCCUAAUUAAUUGCCAUUUGCAGUGUCUGAUAUCACAUGGAAAUAUCAACCUAUGUUUCUGAUAUGCAGUGCAUUUACAUUUUGUAACCUUUGUUAUGUAUUCUACAAUAUAAUUUUCCAUAUGAAAAGUUGUUUCGGAAGAUAAUGUGUCAUUGAAUUGACAGUAACAUUUUCACUUUUCAACAGUUGACAUCGCUCUUUAUGCAGUCGUGAUGCUUCAGUAUGUAAUUGUUGUAACACUUUAUCUAAAAUGUCUUAGAAUGCUAUUUUUGUAUUUUUAUACUUGCCCCUUGUGUUACGCAUUAGUAUGGGAUUGACUGCUUCCUCUAGCACACACCCAGUCAUCAACUUCCAGAUACCACAGUUUCAUCUUCAUCAUAUAGUAAAGGCGUUAUUGUUGAAGUGGAGCCAUACAGACUCAUGUAGCAUUUGUGUUACCCCGUUGAUCAUGUGUGAAACAGUAAACAAGUAUGAUGUCGGAAACCAAUGUGGAGAUGUGUACCAGGGGACCUUGUGAAAGUUGUAUAUUAGGAUUAGGAUUCUGUGCCAGAAGUACAUGUGAGUUUUAUGCCUUACUAGACACGCUGUAUGGACCAGAAUACCUACAGUUAUGUUCCAAGUAAAGGUUUUACUGAAACAAUACAAGAUAAUGUUUGUGUUUUGGCUGACAUACUGACAAAAACAUUCCUUCAAAUAUAAAUAGAUUUUAAUUUCAAUAGGAUUUUUUAGCCCACCUGAACUGAAUGUUCUUGUAAGCUUUUGUUAUUGCAUAUUGUCCAUUGUCUAUCUCUCUGUCAUACAUUAUAUAACAAUCAACAUCUCCACUGUCACCAAAAGGCUAUGAAGAUGACACGUUGUACGGAGGAUCCAAUCAGUGAUGGGCUUUUCUCACACAACUGGUAGACAUUUAUUUGCCCAAACUGAAGAUAAUUGUAUGAGAUUGGACAUUGCUAAUGGUGAAUGAGCUGCUCUGUGUGUGCAAGCACAUCUCAAGUUACAUCAGGAGAUGAUGCCAUGUGAUAUGCAGGAAGCCUGGUUCACUGUGGAACAGCAGCUGACAGUGUAUGCUUGGAGGGCAUCUGUGUUGUCAUCAUGUGUAACUGUUAGCUGACAGUGUAUGCUUGGAGGGCAUCUGUGUUGUCAUCAUGUGUAACUGUUAGCUGACUGUGUGCUUUGAGGGCAUCUGUGUUGUCAUCAUGUGUAACUGUUAGCUGACAGUGUAUGCUUGGAGGGCAUCUGUGUUGUCAUGUGUAACUGUUAGCUGACAGUGUAUGCUUGGAGGGCAUCUGUGUUGUCAUCAUGUGUAACUGUUAGCUGACUGUGUGCUUUGAGGGCAUCUGUGUUGUCAUCAUGUGUAACUGUUAGCUGACAGUGUAUGCUUGGAGGGCAUCUGUGUUGUCAUGUGUAACUGUUAGCUGACAGUGUAUGCUUGGAGGGCAUCUGUGUUGUCAUCAUGUGUAACUGUUAGCUGACAGUGUAUGCUUGGAGGGCAUCUGUGUUGUCAUCAUGUGUAACUGUUAGCUGACUGUGUGCUUUGAGGGCAUCUGUGUUGUCAUCAUGUGUAACUGUUAGCUGACAGUGUAUGCUUGGAGGGCAUCUGUGUUGUCAUCAUGUGUAACUGUUAGCUGACAGUGUAUGCUUGGAGGGCAUCUGUGUUGUCAUGUGUAACUGUUAGCUGACAGUGUAUGCUUGGAGGGCAUCUGUGUUGUCAUCAUGUGUAACUGUUAGCUGACAGUGUAUGCUUUGAGGGCAUCUGUGUUGUCAUGUGUAACUGUUAGCUGACAGUGUAUGCUUGGAGGGCAUCUGUGUUGUCAUGUGUAACGGUUAGUUGACAGUGUAUGCUUGGAGGGCAUCUGUGUUGUCAUCAUGUGUAACUGUUAGCUGACAGUGUAUGCUUGGAGGGCAUCUGUGUUGUCAUCAUGUGUAACUGUUAGCUGACUGUGUGCUUUGAGGGCAUCUGUGUUGUCAUCAUGUGUAACUGUUUGCUGACAGUGUAUGCUUGGAGGGCAUCUGUGUUGUCAUGUGUAACUGUUAGCUGACAGUGUAUGCUUGGAGGGCAUCUGUGUUGUCAUCAUGUGUAACUGUUACCUGACAGUGUAUGCUUGGAGGGCAUCUGUGUUGUCAUCAUGUGUAACUGUUAGCUGACAGUGUAUGCUUGGAGGGCAUCUGUGUUGUCAUCAUGUGUAACUGUUAGCUGACAGUGUAUGCUUGGAGGGCAUCUGUGUUGUCAUCAUGUGUAACUGUUACCUGACAGUGUAUGCUUGGAGGGCAUCUGUGUUGUCAUCAUGUGUAACUGUUACCUGACAGUGUAUGCUUGGAGGGCAUCUGUGUUGUCAUCAUGUGUAACUGUUAGCUGACAGUGUAUGCUUGGAGGGCAUCUGUGUUGUCAUCAUGUGUAACUGUUACCUGACAGUGUAUGCUUGGAGGGCAUCUGUGUUGUCAUCAUGUGUAACUGUUAGCUGACUGUGUGCUUUGAGGGCAUCUGUGUUGUCAUCAUGUGUAACUGUUAGCUGACUGGUGUGUGUGGAAUCAGAUCCUACCUGCACCUAUAAGAUCUCUCCGUCAGCUGCUAUGGUACUGAAGCAAGGGCAGUGUGAUAUUUGAGAGCGACAAUGCAGUAAUGCAGAUCACUGCAAAUAAGAAUGCUGGCAUAAAUAUAACAGCUGACUUUAUCACAUCCCUUUCGUACAUUUGUUGAAUAGUAAUUCAGAGAACUUCUUCAAAAUGGCCCUGGGAGUUGCUUUUGGCACAUGUCAUGAAAAGGUCAAAGGUAAAGGUCAUGUUUGUUUGUGGUUACAAUUUCUCAUGAAGUAUUAUGGAGUUUAAAGUACACUUCAAUGUCCAAAAGUUUAUCAAACGAAAUCAUCUACCAACUUGAUAUAUAUGAGAUAAUGUUUACGAAGAUUGAUACAUCUAUGUAAGUAUUUUCUCGAAAAUUAAGUUAGAUAUAACUAAAGGAUUUGUAACAGUAUUACAGGAUCACGAUGCAUGUGGAGUUGUUUGUUUUCCGCCAUUGCCAUGAUUGUGUCUGUUUCAUCCAAUCGAUGAUGUAACUGUCGAGAUCGUUUUUGUUUAAAAUUCAUUAAAACAAAAGUUGCUAUUUUUUAGAAAUAAAGAAACUUGGUUGUUUUCUUUUCAUCAAAGAACCAAAACUUAUUAUGAAAUGAAAUAUUUACAUUAUAAAGAAAAUAUCGUACCACAAUCCACUCGACAUGAAGUGCCUCAAGUCAACAAUGGCUGUUACGGGUGGUUGUAUGCAGACACAUUUGACCGAUUCUUACUGGAUGUUCUUGUUGAGGUACAUAAACUACUUAAAGUUUUGAUAAUGAGAAAGCUGAGCAUUUAUGCAUCCCAUACAUAUCUAAAUGAUACGUAAAGCCUACUUGGUAAAUAGUAAUUGUGAGUUUGUUUUGUUUGGGGGUGUUGUAAUGCUAUUCGUCUGUCAAAUGGGUUCGACAGUAGCAUAAGCAUGCUGUUAACCUGUUUAUCCCUGUUAGUUUCGUCAAUUUCAUAACCACUAUUGCCUUCAGAGUUUGUAAUAAGUUGUUUAUGUCAAUCUUUGCCUCUUGGCCAACACUGGAGCAGACAUCAUAACUAGUAGCUGAAAGUUAUUCCCAGAUUUGUCGGCAUUAUUGAAAGGUAGUACAGCAAAUUUGCACCCAAUAAAUUUUUAUUCCACCAUAAUAAUUCUUGGACUAACAACAUGCAGUUGAAUGUGAUCUUUGAGAUAGAUUAUUGUGAAACAUGGCGGUUAUCUGUUGCCAGAUGCUGUGCUUUUACUUGUACAAUCCUGGGACUUGGGGAAUUGUUGGAUCUUAAUAAGUUGUUUUGUUUUUUGUAUGGGAAUUACACUGGUACAUUAAGACUGGAAGCUAUGAGGGAUGAACCUGAAGCUCAAGGGAGAUGUUUAACACCAUGAUGGUAUCUUUGUAAACUACAUAACACAGCCAAUUAAUUAUAUGAAUCAUGUUUAAGACCCUUGUUACAGCCACUUUCUCUAAUUGAAGGCCCAGUUAAUAGGUGUACCUGGUCAACCACACUGCUUUGGUUUAGUUUUCAUACCUUAAAACAGAAUCUUUUACAAUAUGUGGUCUGUGAAGGUGGAAAUAUCAUUAGUUCAUCUGGCCCUAAAAUGCCCUAGAGUGUCACAUGAGUAUUUGCUGUGAGAUUUUUUCAUUACCAUGUAAAAGGAGCUCAGAAGGCCAUGAGACUGUGUGAAGGCAUUAUGGUUAGCAUGUCAUAAUCACUUUCCUGCACCCUUUAUACACAAUUGCAUCCUUGAUUGUGGGUUUGAAUCCCAGACUUGCCCUGCUUACAAAUCUUAGAUUGCCGACACCUGCCUACCAAGGUCGUACGUAAACAAUUUGUAUGGUAUCAGAUAUUAACUGUAUCUUUUACUAAGUUACUGUGGUUUUCAUGACUGAAACUGUUUUUUUUGUACAUGUUGCAACUACAUUACAAUAUGUUGUAGUAGUGUUUGAUAUACUGUUCAAAAAUAAAUGACUGAGUUUUUUUGUAUGAGAAAAGUGUAAUACUCACAACAUGUCAGCUUGAAAAUUGGGUCGAUCUGUGUAAUUCCAGAAAUAUGGCAGAAUUUGUCUUCAGUAACCCAUGUUUGUCGUAAGAGGAGACUCACAGAAUUUUGUGAUCAGGCUCGCUGACAUGGUUGAUGUAUGUGAUGUUAUCCCAAUUGUGUAGAUUGAUGCUUAUGUCAAUAACUUGAUUAUCUGCUCCAAAUUCAAUUAUUUACAGACCGCUGUCAUACAGUUGGAAAAUAGGUGAGUGUGGAGUUAAGCAGCAUACACAUGUGGCUGAGGCAGGCGAGGCCUUGGUGCCACCCUUUAUUUGUUAGUACAGAAUGUAUAUUUAUUGAUUGCCAAAACAUGGGGCAAUCACCCAAGUUAUGUUUGAUUACUGUUUAAUUGUUUGGGUGUUUAUUGGUUGUUGAGAUGUGUGCUUCUUCUUAUGUAAGCUGUGUACUGACUGUGUGCCAGUUUGUGGAGCCAGGACACAGGCCAGUGGCUGUGUACUGGAGGAGCACUCUUGUGCACCUGCUGGAUCUAGCUCCCUCUGUGGGACAGCAUAACACAUUAUGUCAUUCAAUAAAUAUGGUUUAACAAAGUUCUUGUGUCCUGUGGAAUUUGUUUGGUCUUCCUCCAGUAGUUAAGAAUAGGUGAUCUUUCUUAAUUUCUUCCCUGCACUGAUCCAGCCAGUACAUGUCACUAUUGCACUUUUUGACAGUUAACCAGGGUUAUAUAUAGCCUUCAUCUUUAUCUCUGGUGUUGAGCAGUAUAUAUUUUUUCAACUUAAAAAAUGAUUUUUCUAUUGUCAUGUUCGAUAUAUACUGUAAAUGUUGUAAUUAACACAAGCGUAAAUUAAAUGCGAUAAAUGCAAGUGGUCUUCGCUCACAUUAAUUAACUUCACAUUUGUGUUGCCAAAACGACUAUCAACAAUAAGACGGCCUCACUGCACACUUUGGAUAGCGGAAAUACCAACUUGAAUAUAGACACAAACAUGGUUUAUUGAGCAGCAGCAACAAGUAUAUAUUUAUAACAAUGUCAUUCAAAGAAUAGGAAUUACAUGAUGAGCUAUCACUGCUGGGGUCAAGAGUUCUACCCGCUUGCCCUCAUUUCGCCUACAAUAAUUCAAAUGCCUCACCCCUAUUAUAUGAAUGGGCAUCGUCCAUCUCAGGCUGUUAACUAAUCCAAGCGGCAUAGAGGUUCAAAGUGAAGUUUUUACAACCUAUGACAACUUCUCACAACUCUUGUUUGACUUGGCCAUUCUGUUAAUCCUUAGUUGUUUUGAAUGUACAAGUAAAUCUUGUUUAGUAAAUAAAUCUUAUUUAAUAAUUAAGGUCUAAAGAAGCCUAUCAUCGCUUCUCACAUUGUUUGUAAUUGUUACAAAUUGGUUAGUUCUUAGUAUUGGUUUAAUUAAAGGAAAUUAGAUGUCUGCUCAAUUUUUGAACUGUUAUUGUUUUUUUGUUUGUCCUAGCUUGUGGCUCCAAGUGUAUAUUAUUCAUUGUCUUGUAAAUGGUAAAAUGUAUCCUGUUGCUUUUUCGUUGCUUCCUAACAAGACCAAACAGACAUAUGAGUCAUUAUUUUUAUUACUGCAUAAUGUAAAUAUCAGCUAUUAAACAAUGUAUGAAGCUUCAA